AUGACGUGUGAGUAUGUUGAUCGAAGUCAGAAGCGUCGUAAAAGAGAAGACAAGGAGCCGUCAGGUGCGGGAGAUACUGUGGAAUCAAAAGAUGCGACGAAUAUUGCUAAAGAGGAUACACAAUCUACACCAAAAGAAGUCAACCAAUCUGAGACUCCAGCAGGGUCCAGCGAUUCCAGCUUAGCUAAUGCUUCAGAAGACAGUGCCCCACCGCAAUCACCUAACGUCCCAACAACAUCUGAUGAGAGAGCGGUUGAAUUUAGAUUUGUUGAGCCUCAUCCGCAGUCGAUAUCACAUCAACACUCCACUUUGAAUGACAAUUCGAGGGCAUCUCCUAGGGCCAGAAACUCCAGAUUAUCAGUGUCACUGUUGAUUUCGAUCGACGACCGGCAAUCGAAGAACCAUGUUUGUCGACAGAUUAAACGUCAAGUGAUGAAACCCUUACUGCUGAGUUCGAUUCGCGAAGAGUUCACCACAUUAGCUGCCUUGGAAGACAUUGAAUUGCCCAAAGUUUGGUUGAUGAAUUACUGGGAAAACUUUGGUCACACAUACCCAUUUGUUAACCUUGAUGAAGCUAGAGAACAACUUCUGAAGAUAGACUUUCAGAGCGAGCUGAUCAUACCAUUCGAUAUUUAUCUUAUUCUCGCCAUCGGCUCGAUAACGUAUGACUCGCGAACGUUACUUGAAGGCGAUGACAAACUGUCAUUCGAAAAGCAUUUUUCUCUGGAUACCAUCGAACUGAUGGUAGAGUUCUUGAAUUUGGGAAUGGCUUCGCCUGAUCAUCCAUCGACAAUUGAUAACCUCCGGAUUCUUUUGUUGUUGGCGGUGUAUGCUGUGGUUCUGCUCAACGAGAUGCAGCUUUGGAACUGGGUUGGCAUAUUAUGUCGCAGCGUGCUUCGUCUAGGUCUCUACCGAUCCCUGCUGACAUUUUUCAAUCGAGUAUGGUGGUCUGUGUACAAUUUGGACAAGCAAACUCUGGUUUUGAUGAAUUCACCUUCAGGAUUACUUGAUCCGAAGUUUGUCAACCAGAAGUUUCCUAUAGAAGUUCGAUUGUGGCCAGAUGAGGAUUUGGACAUGGUCAAUCAAGAGAUUGCACGUCAUCAACUACUUGGUGAUUUGCUACUACCAAUGUUGGUUCCAGAGGUACCAGCCGACACAAACGAAUUUUCACUUAGACUUGAGCUGUGGCGAAAAGGUGCUACAGCUUGUAUUCAUCGACGUGCGACAAAUGUGGAGUAUGCCACAGCAAUGGUGAAUAUCGAUUAUUACUACAUGUGCACGGAAAUUGAUCAGUUAUCUCCUCUGGAGCUGUUGCAGUUCACGUUGCAUUUCUUGCUGAAUCUGUUUCGAUUAGCAAUUCGAGAAGAAUCACUGGCGAAACAUCAAAUCAAGCAGCUGUUACUGCUUUUCUGGUACUUGAAAUUCUUCAAGGUUGUGGACAAUUUUUUGACACUGUUGCGACAGUUGGUAGCUUUGGACUUAAAUCGUGUAGAUCUCGGCGUGAAACUUACCGAAUACGUUCUGAUUUUGCUGGUGAUGUUGAACUUGCUGAAGUAUAUGGUUGAGAACCACGAUAUAAUGGAGUCACGAUUAGCUAAUUUAGUGUUUCAGUUGACGGAAGUGAACGCAAAGAUCCUGAUUAUCAAUGUUAUGACAACAGAAGGCAUGGCAGCGUUAAGAAGCCUAAAUGAUGAAGUGAGGAAGCCGGUGACAUGA